AUGGCGGAUGAACUGGAGGAGGUGUUGAAAAAAUUUGCCCUGUCCAAAAUAGAACAGGAUGGAGCAUGGCUGGAGCUGGAUGACUUCGAUCCAGGAGUUUCUGCAUGUAUGACUAGUAUUAUAGGCAAAAUAAGAGGAGAAAAGGUGGCAAAUUUUACUGGGGUGAAGAAUUUUGUCAAUGCAGCAUGGGGAUACCCUAAAGAUCUUACAAUUACUGAGUUGGGGCCCAAUCUCUUUCAGUUCUUUAUACCGGAUGUAGAGAACAGAACACGAAUUCUCAAUGGGGGGCCUUGGUUGAUAGAUAACCAAAUUUUAGUACUCAAUAGGUGGGAAGCAGGAAUAGAGGAAAACACUGAGGCAUUCAGAUUUGCCCCACUCUGGGUGCAAGUUUGGAAUUUGCCAAUCCAUUGGAUAUCAAAGGAAGUUGGGAGAAAAAUAGGAAAGGUGUUUGAAGAGGUUAAGGAAGUACUAAUUCCCUACUCUGGAGGUAAAGAAGGAAAACACCUUAAAUUGUUAGUGAGUGCAGAUUUGUCCAAACCACUGCUAAGAGGAACUACUGUGAAGACUAAUGGCGUGCUAAAAUGGGUUAAUUUCAGGUAUGAAAGGGUACCGGAUUUUUGCUACAAUUGCGGCAUAGUUGGCCACAGUGAAAAGAAGUGCAAGAAUGUAGUAACCAUCAGGAAAGGGCAACAAGAAAAUCAGUUUGGACCUUGGUUGAGGGCUCAGGUAGGGAAGAAUUCCCCUCAAAAAGAUGAUAGGACCAGUACUUUCACUCCAGAUAAGCAAGAGUGGGGAUUCCAUAAUGGGGAAUGGGUUAAGAAGAGGGGCGGGAAGUGUAUAGUACAGGAGGGUCAUCUUAAUAGAUCUGGGAUAGGGAAGGAAGGGAAGGAAUCUAUGAGCAAGGAAUUAGUGUUGCAAGGUCAGGUGGAAAGGGUAAAGGAGAGGGCUCAAACUUCAGGUCAAGAAGAUGAGGAUAUACAGGAGGCACAAGAGACUGAUUGGUCUAAGAAGGUGGAGGAGGUGAGCAAAGAUGAAGAGCAGACACCUAGACCAGAAUCAAGUGAGAAUGGGAAGGAGAUAUCUGAAAUGGAGCCAUCUGCAGUAGGAGCGAUGGGGAACAGGAUUCAAAUUAAUGAGUUGGAUGAUGGAGGAAGUAUGAAGACAGCUAUGCAGGUGGAUGGGGAGGAGCCUAUUCAAGCUAAAUGUGUAGGAACAAGGAGAGGGAGGAAGGUGAAAUUGUUAAACAAAAUAAGUGCAAGAGAUAGAACCCCCCUGAGAGAACUGCAGAAUUUGGAACAUGGAUCUGAGCUGAACACCAAGAGGAAACUGCACAUUGUGGAUGAGGAAAUGGUAGAGACGGCAGAUGUGGAUACAACCACCAAGAGGAAUAAAGUGGGGAAUGGGAAGACCUUUAUUGGUCGGGACAAGAGGGUGGAAGAGACCAGCCCAGUAUGGUCUCUCAAUCAUCCAUGA